AUGAUCAUUCUAUACGGUAGAAUAUUUAAAUUGGCUAGAGAAAUGUCGCGUAGUGGUCAUACACAAAUGACACCUAGUGUACCACGUAAAUCAACUGGAGUACCAGAAGCUACAUUUAAUGACUCAAAAUUGGGACCUGUAACUGAUAACCAAACACAAGAUACAUCACAUUUUAGAGACAACAAUACCAUAGAGUACUUACACUCGGAUAACGAACAUAUCAAAACAAAUGAGUCUAGUAAUGGUGUAAAACACGAUGCUAAUCGCAAUAUUUGCUGUGAACUAAGAGAAAAAGAUGGAAGAUUGAAUUCUAGUUCAUCAAGGAAACCAUUAACAGAAUCAGUUUGUACAAAAAAUGAUAUGACCGAUGAAAUGCAAAGAAGAAGAUCACGUGGAAACUCUGAUACCAAAGUGAUUAAAACUCUUGGAGUUAUUAUGGGAUGUUUCUGUCUAUGUUGGCUGCCAUUUUUUAUGAUGCAGCUACUUUUGGCUCUACUAAGUGCUGCUGGCUACGACACGGCAAAUAUGAUCCCUGUUAGUGUAUUCAGAUUUUUACAGUGGUUAGGUUAUGUGAACAGCUUUUUGAACCCGCUCAUAUAUGCCAAAUUUGACAGGGAGUUUCGUGGUCCUUUUAAAAUGAUACUCCUCUGCCAUUGCCGAAAUAUCAAUGCACGAUUGCGUGCUGUUCAUUAUUCCGCACAAUAUGGUUUACCAAGUGCAUCAAACAAACAUCAGAGCAGCAUAACAUCCUCAAUGAAUGCACGUGAUGAUUUGCGAUCAAGAUGGUUUAAACAAACAUCAUGA